CGUGGCCCGGCCAUGAUUCCAUCAGUUCCGUGAUUCCAUCAGCUGCAGCUUUCCCUGUUGGAUUCACUGCUGGUUGAAUGCGAAAAUAGUAAAUGACAGUAGAAAAGCAGUCCCGUGUUUAUAGACAGCAGUAAAAUCCCCCCACCUCCUCUGUUUCUUAAAAAAAAACCCCAAGAUUUCUCUGGUUGGAGAAAGUUUCUUUGCAUUCUAUUAUUACUUCUUAUUAUUUAUUGGUCUUUUCCCACCGGGAAGGAGUUACACGGAAGCUGCAUAAAGUCUUCCUGACAGGGGCUUCUUAACGCAUCCAAACACUAUAUAUAAAGCUCUCUUUCUAUACAAAGGAAUCUUAAAAUGUGUAGGAACAAAACCUGUGAGGGAUGUGAAUAUUUCUGUCAAAGCCUGUGCUUUUUAAAGAAAAGCUUGUCAUUUUCCCAGAUGGAGGCAGAAAUAAUUUCUUCUGUGUUCUUUUAUAUCUGUUGCUCUUCAGAUAACUAUGCUUACAAAAGCUUAUGAUACAAUCAGAAGAGAGAGAGAGAGGUGAGGGAAGAAAAACCACUGAAAGAUGCUGAUCUCUGUGACCCCAGAGCGAUGCAAGAGUUGUAAUGGAUUUACAGGAACCUGAUGUUAACAUACAGCUCCCUGGGCAUUUAUUGACAUCUGUAGCAUCAGUGAUGAUAGUUAGAGAUUGUGAAGUGGGGUGUGAUGAGUAUGCUUUAAUUCACACAAACAGAAUAAUUUAAGAUCUGCACAGGGACUCUGUGUAAGCUCUACCAAUGCGCCAUUUUUGCUAUAAUAAUAAAAGGCUGUUUUUUAGUACUUUUGGGAAUACAUUGCAUUGCUUCUCAUCAAACAUGCAGACUUUUUGUGUAGCAUGUGUGCCCAUUUGCCUCUGAUCUCUGCAUGCUUUUUACUCUUCUUGAACUAAGGAAAAUAGCUGAAGUUCUUUUAAAUGUGAGAGCUGCUGCGUGGAAAUAGAUGUUUUAUUAACUUAUUAUAGUCAAAGACUAGCUGCUGUUGCACAGCAUAAGAUGUGGAAAACCAGUCCCUUUUCUGUCUCUCCCAAUGAUAACAAAAAGUUGAAUUUAUGCUGGCCUGAUGGAGUCCAGACUACCAAGCAUAGCAAAAUUUCUAGUUCUCCUCUUGCUAUAAUGACUCUGUAGUGAGUAACUGGCACUGUAAAAUAGAUUUUCUCUGGGGAAAAAAUCUGCCUUUGAGACACAAAGGGCAUAGGGCAUUGUUUUCAUACAGCCACCUCUGGAAGAGUGAUUGUGUUUUGAAUGCUACAGACAGAAGGUUGUGCUAGUGGGGACUCCACUAGCCCUGGGCUGGCACUCAGGUUUGUGUGCUUCAGUGUUGUCUUGCCAGAGCUGGCUACUAGGUGCUGUGUAAAUCCUGAAGAUAUUCCAGCUACUGGCUGCAGGUAACUAGGUUAGUAACACAGGACUUUAUUUCACAGGCAAUUUAGAGGAACAAUUCUUGUCAGAACAUCAAGACUGCAAAAUAAAUAGGAAUGACUGAGUUUUCAGCUCUUCAGAAAUAUUAUAGAUUUGUCUCAAAUCAGUUGAUUUAAAGGACAUUUGUUAAGUUGCUCCUUGUAUUGCCUUCACUGUGUCAUCCUACACAGUUUCCUUGGGAGCAGCCAGCUCAAUAAGGACUCAGUUCCCUAGCUGACCCAAAAGUUGAAAUGAUUUUUAGCUGUUCUGUAAGAUCCUUCAGCUCCUUUAUCUACAGCAUUUACCUUUGGCAAGACCUUGUUGCAAUAAACCAGCACAUUCUUUGCUGCCAGGGGUCUUGCUAGCACUGGAAGUGGAACAGUCAUCACAGUUUUGUUAGAAGAAAGAGCUAGGAGAUCUUAAUAAAAAGAGGAUGUGAGGAGGGCAGGGCCAGGAAAAGUAGAAAUGUAUACAUGCUUGCACAAUACUGAGAGUAGAGGGAACUCAGAGGAAGCACUAGAUAGAAGUGCCAGUGCCUUCGUGCAGAAGGCAUUGGCACCAACUGCAGUUUAUUGACAUGAAUUGUACAAAACCUUGCUGGAAGUACUGAUGCUUUUACUGUACCUCUUACUAUGACAAAUUUCAUUUCCCUUUUUCAUUUCCCUCCUUAUUCCUGGCCUGAUCCCCAGCUUGCUUCCCCUUUUAAUCUCAGUUGCACAGGUUUAUGGUAGCACUGAUUGCCACACUUGCUGUUGCUUCUCAUUUGGAUUCAAUCCCCAUCAACAUUUCAUUUGGCCAAGACCCUGUCUUCCCUUUCUUCUUGGCUUUUUCAGCUGGUAGGUGAGUAUUCUCCUCUUGGGUUCUUUUUCAUUCCUUCUAGUCUGUUUCCUGCCUUCUUCACCUGAUGGAUUUUGCUGUCUUCACAAUGGCUAACUGCAUUUCCACUCCAACAUCACUGGCAGCCUCUUCAGCUCAGUGAUAUGAAGGUUUGCCUGAAGUUAAAUCCAACCUGACUUGUCACUACAAAUGGACAAUUUUUCAAAGAUGAAGCUUGGUGGAGCAGCUUCUUGGUAUCUCAACUAUGGAAGGCCAUCUUUGUGCUAAUGUGGACAUUUCAGUGAGAAAACCUCCAGGAGCAAGCCCUCGGUCCUUCAUUGCUUUGCUGAAGGUUCACCGAGAGCUUCUGGUCGGUAGGAUCCGAAACACACAAUGUUUGAUUGAUAACUUGAUUAAGAAUGACUACUUCUCCACUGAAGAUGCAGAGAUUGUUGUCCAGUUUCCUACUCAAGCAGAUAAGGUUCGCAAAAUUCUAGACUUGGUUCAAAGCAAGGGAGAAGAAGUUUCGGAAUAUUUCGUCUAUGUCCUGCAGAAAGUCACUGAUGCUUACUAUGAACUUCAGCCUUGGCUGGAUGAAAUAGGUUAUGAGCCUUCAGAGAAUAUUUGUAGUAAACCUGUGGUAAAUACAGAUCCAGUUAGCAGGUAUUGCCAGAAACUCAGACAUGAACUGGGACGGGACUCCAAGUUUGUUAUGUUGUAUGCUCAGAAGGAGGAGAUGCUGCUUGAAGAAAUCUACUCCAACAGUAUUAUGGAGCUGGUCAGUUUUACCAAUGAGAGUCUUGGCCAGGUGGGUCAAUUAGAAGCCCUUUUUGAUGAUGCAGUUGGGCUAAUUAAUGAAGAUGGAGAGACUGUUUAUGUCUAUGGUGAUGCAGGAAUUGGAAAAUCCAUCUUGCUGCAAAAGAUACAAAGCCUUUGGGCCAGAAAAGAAUUGGACAUAGGGGCCAAGUUUGUCUUCUGUUUUCGGUGUAGGAUGUUUAGCUGCUUCAAGGAAGAUGAAGCAAUAUGUUUGAAAGACCUGCUCUUCAAAUAUAAUUGCUACCCAGACCAGGACCCCACUGAAGUGUUCCAUCACAUCUUGCAGUUCCCCCAUACAGUUCUUUUCACUUUUGAUGGCUUUGAUGAGAUCUAUUCCAACUUUGAUCUCAGCAGCAUACCUGAGAUAUGCUCACCCAAUGAACCCAUCCACCCCCUGGCACUGCUCGUAAGCCUUCUCAGAGGAAAGCUUCUUAAGGGAUCCAAGAAAAUUCUUACUGCCAGGACAGGAACUGAGAUCCAAAAAAACAUCAUUAGGAAGAAAGUGUUGCUCCGUGGUUUCUCCAGGAACAACCUGAAGGAAUACACAGCUAUGUUUUUCAAAGAUGAGCGGCAACGAGCACUGGUAUCAAACCAGUUGGAAGCUAACCCGAAUCUUUGCAGUUUGUGUUCAGUGCCUUUAUUUUGCUGGAUUAUCUUUAAAUGCUUUGAGCACUUCCACUCCAUGUUUGACAGCCAUGAGCUUCCAGAUAGUUCUGUUACAUUAACAGAUGUGUUUUUGCUCAUGAUUGAAGUCCACCUGAACCGAUCUGUGAAAACAAGUUUGCUGAAGAGCAAUAUCAGGAGCCAAACACAGAUGUUCAAAUCAAGGAAGGAAAGUCUUCUAGCUUUGGGUAAAAUGGCAUACAAAGGGAUGGAGAACUCUUCCUUUAUCUUUGAGCAGGAGGAAGUCUCAUCAGCAAAUAUCUCUGAAGAAGAUUUGCAAUUGGGCUUUCUCAGGACAGUUAAAGGUUACAGUGGCUGUCACAGUCAGGCCACUUACGAGUUCUUGCACUUAACCCUUCAGUCUUUUUUCACAGCUUUGUUCUUGGUUAUGGAGGAGAAGGUGGGUACCAAGGAGUUACUUGAGUUUUUCAAUGAAUGUUCUUCCAUGGAGACUGCCCAGCCUACUUGCCUUCGUAUCCCCUGGAAGAAACAACUAUCAGGGGAGGAUCCUUUCCAAAAUAAAGAGCACUUUAAUUUUACCAACAUGUUUCUUUGUGGCCUACUUUCUGGAUCCAGGCAGAAGCUCUUCAAACAUUUAGUUUCGCCUGCAGUCAUUAAGAGGAAGAGAAAAACUCUCUUCACAUACCUUGGGAAGAGCAUGAAAUCCCACCUGAAAGGCUACACUCGGUCCAGGCUUAAAAGCUACAAUCAGGUGCAGAUGCAUCCCAACUUUGUGUGGAUGCUGAGGUGCCUGUACGAGACGCAGAGUGAGAAGGUGGGGAGGAUGGCAGCCCGCCGCAUGCACGCCAACUACAUCAAGCUGGCCUACUGCAACGCCCACUCUGCCGACUGCAGCGCCAUUGCCUUCGUGGUGCACCACUUCCAGAAGCGCCUGGCUCUGGAUCUGGACAACAACAACAUCAAUGACUAUGGAAUAAGGCAGCUGCAACCUUGUUUCAGCAAGCUUGCAGUGAUCAGGCUCAGUGUAAAUCAGGUCACAGAUCAUGGUGUAAGGAUCUUGUAUGAAGAACUCUCCAAGUACCAAAUUGUGUCUUUCCUGGGCUUAUACAACAACCAAAUCACUGAUGUUGGAGCCAAAUAUGUUGCAAAACUAAUUGAAGAGUGUUCAAGCCUGGAAUAUGUUAAAAUAGGAGCAAACAAAAUAACGAGUGAAGGAGGGAAGUGCCUUGCCCAGGCCAUCCAGAAGAGCAAGACAAUGUUUGAAAUUGGGAUGUGGGGUAAUCAAGUUGGAGACGAAGGAGCAAAGGCAUUUGCAGAGGCCCUGAGGAACCACCCCAGGUUAACAAACGUGAGUCUUGCAUUCAAUGGCAUCACAACAGAGGGAGGCAAAAGUAUUGCUGAAGCCAUGCAACACAACAACUCCGUGAGGAUAUUCUGGUUGACUAAAAACGAGCUGGAUGAUGAGGCAGCAAUGAGUUUUGCAGAGAUGCUGAAGGUCAACAAGAAACUGGUGCAUUUAUGGCUUAUCCAGAAUCAAAUUACAGCCAAAGGGGUGAAGUGCCUCAGCGAAGCUCUCAAGGAGAACACGACUAUUAAAGAAAUCUGCUUGAAUGGGAACCUGAUGAGCCAAGAAGAGGCCAAAGCUUUUGAAAAUGAAGAGCGGAUCAUUUGUUUUUGAAUGGGGACUUUCCCAUUUUGCCAAGUUGGUGGUAACAAAGGUUACUCCUACAUUUGGAGUGCAGAGUUUAUAAAGGCAUAAAUCUACAGUGCUUGUGGCAGGAAACAGAUAUACAAUAAGCUGCCUUUUUAUGAACACACUGCACUCUCUCAGCUCCAUCCCUUACCCUGCCUGUUAUUCUUAAUCCUUUUGGUGAGUGGGAAGUUGCCUGGGUAAAUAAUUAAUGUUUGCUCGGUGCUUUGAAGAUGAAAUGCAAAGUGUUAACAGACUAAAUCUGCUGGCAGGUGUAUGCAGUUUGAUAACUGAGUUUAGAUCUAUUCUGUACAGUGAUGUAAAUAAUCUCUUAACUUAUUUAUAUAUAUAAAUAAAGACAUACAAGUAUACAUAUGCAAGAAAGGGUGCAAGAUGCAAAAACUCCACCA